AGUUAGGUUAUGUUUUUAUUAAAGUUAUUUUAGGUCCUACAUAUAGUCUUAUCGCCUAAGCCUGUCCUUAUCAAUUUCUUGUUUAUAUAAAAUUUAAUUGGUAAUUAUAAACUGUACUGUUUCACCACGAAUACCACUUUUAAAUGAGUUUAAUUAGAUCGGCUUCCUGCCUAGUUAGACUUGGAUUAAAGGAACAUUCAUCCAGAAAUAUUUAUACAACUUCCGUAAAAAUGGUUGAGGAAAUUAAAAAGAAAUUCGUCUUGCCUGCUCGAUAUGCAGGCAGUGAACCCAGUGUUUGGAAUGAGUACAUUAAAUUGGCUGCUGAAUACAAACCUCUGAAUUUAGGACAAGGAUUUCCUGAUUAUCCACCUCCGACUUAUGUGACAGAUGCUUUAAAGGCAGUUUCCAAUAGUGACAAUGUGUUCAUUCAUCAGUACACUCGUGGCUUUGGCCAUCCAAGACUAAUUGAGGCCCUUGCUAAACUCUACUCGAAAUUGAUUGGUAGAGAAAUCAACCCUCAGACUGAAAUAUUGACAACAUUAGGCGCAUAUGAGGCUCUUUUCUCAUCAAUUAUUGGGCAUGUAGAUGUUGGAGAUGAAGUCAUAAUAAUUGAACCAUUCUUUGAUUGUUAUGAGCCUAUGGUGAAAAGUGCUGGUGGUGUACCCAAAUUUAUUCCACUCAGAUUGCAAGAUGUUGAGGGAAGAUUGCCGACGUCUGCUGAUUGGGUGCUUGACAAAAAGGAACUGGAAGAAAUGUUCAACAGUAAAACAAAAAUAAUUAUUUUAAACACACCCAACAAUCCUUUAGGAAAAAUAUUCACUAGAGAGGAACUAACGUUUAUUGCAGACCUCUGCAAGAAAUGGAAUGUGCUCUGUAUAUCUGAUGAAGUUUAUGAAUGGAUGGUGUACAAGCCACAAGAGCAUAUUAGAAUUGCUACUUUGCCGGGAAUGUGGGACAGAACUAUUACUAUUGGAUCAGCUGGAAAAACAUUUAGUGUGACUGGUUGGAAACUAGGAUGGGCAUAUGGACCACAACAUUUACUUGUUAAUCUGCAGCUUGUUCAUCAAAAUUCUGUUUACACUGGUUGCACUCCUAUUCAGGAAGCCACAGCUUUGGCAUUUGAAAAAGAAUUAGGACGCUUAGGACAAGAUGAUAGCUUUUUCCUUUCUCUAGCUAGAGAUCUUAAGGAUAAAAGGGACUAUAUGGCUAAAUUUUUGGUAGAUGUUGGAAUGAGACCCACCAUUCCUGAAGCUGGAUAUUUCAUGAUUGCUGACUGGAGCCCACUAGAAUCUAAAGUCGAUCUGAAUAGUGAAAAGGACAAAUACAGGGACUACAGAUUUACCAAAUGGAUGACCAAGAAUGUUGGAAUCCAAGGAAUUCCACCCUCUGCAUUCUACAGUACACCAAACAAAAAACUAGCUGAAAACUUUGUCAGAUAUUGCUUUAUCAAGACCGACGAAAAUCUCCAAAAGGCUGCAGAUAUUCUUCAUAAAUGGAAAGAAGGAAAAUAAAAUUAUUACGUGAUGUUAUUUGAACUUUUAUUGUCUGUUGUUAACAUUAACUAAUAUAUAUUUUUGUUACAUUAA